AUGAUCGCUUUCCUCCGUAUAACGGCCUUCACAUCAUCGUCCUUGGUUGCCACGAUGAUGGCGUACAUCUGCGUCUGGAUGUUGACGGUGGUCACGCUGAGGUGUAAGGCGAGCAGCCAUGAGAACACAGAAGUGGAAGGAAACUCCGAAGAUUCUGUCAUCGACGACACGACCGAGGAUUAUUGGGCUGGCAGCGGAUCGGGACCCGAAGAGGAUGAGUCCUCCUCCUCCUCCUCCUCCUCCUCCUCUCACAACGAAACCAGAGAAGCGUUAACUCACGAGGCCAGCGACCACGAUACUGUCGUGUAUAUUGGCGAUGGCGGCAAUUACUUGCCAGUACCUUCAUUGAAGAAUCGACCUUCAUUGAAUCCGAAUCUUCAGGCUCUUCAAACUCUUCAAGGUUUGCAGGGCCUUUCUGGAAACGGAGGUACAGGCGUAGUCGGCGACGAUGACUGGAGGAGACAUCCAGAAACCUGGGAUCGCGAGCACCGAAGGUACAGGCCCAACACGACGAGAGUGCAACAUAUCGAGGCGGAAUGUCAAGACGAUUACAUGAAAAUCAGAAUCGGAUUCAACGGAUCUUUCGCCGGCCUCUUGUAUUCAGCAGGCUACUCGUACGAUCCCGACUGCAUGUACGUUAAUGGGACAGGCCGUGACUACUACGAGUUCUACAUUCAGUUGAAUCGGUGCGGCACCCUCGGCGAGAACACUCAUCAUCAGGACAGCAGGAAGAAUCCGACGAAAAAUCUUAUGUGGAACACGGUCACAGUGCAGUACAAUCCCUUAAUAGAAGAGGAGUUCGACGAACACUUCAAAGUGACUUGCGAGUACGGCUACGACUUUUGGAAGACGGUGACAUUUCCGUUUCUCGAUGUCGAGGUCGCCACGGGAAAUCCCGUAGUCUUCACCCUGCAGCCUCCGGAGUGCUACAUGGAAAUCAGAUACGGUUACGGGACCACUGGAACUAGAGUGGCUGGACCAGUUCGCGUCGGAGAUCCCCUGACUCUCAUUAUCUACAUGCGCAGCAAAUACGAUGGUUUUGAUAUCGUCGUAAAUGACUGCUACGCUCAUAAUGGCGGAAACAAAAGGAUUCAACUGAUCGAUCAAUACGGAUGUCCGGUUGAUGAUAAACUGAUCAGCCGGUUUCGUGGUUCCUGGUCGGAGAGCGGCCUGUUCGAGACACAAGUCUUUGCUUAUAUGAAGACCUUUAGGUUCACAGGAUCGCCGGCUCUGUAUAUCGAAUGCGAUGUUCGCAUGUGCCACGGAAGAUGUCCGAGCCAACCUUGCCAUUGGAGAAACGCGAAGAAUGUAGUGAAACGGUCAGUGUCGGAAAUUGAUGGACCAUCGACGCUGGCAACUAGUUUGUCGGAGAACGUGAACCUCUUCCAGUCUCUUCGUGUUCUUCAAGAAGGCGAGGCGGAUACGGAACUGUUCCAGAAUUCCACCAGCUUCUCUCGCAGCGGAUUUAGCGAGCCUACAACUGACAGAGUAUGUUUGAGAUCUACAGUGGCCAGUACAAUAGUGGGACUCGGCUGUGGUUUCUUCUGUAUCAUGGCCGGUACGAUACUAGCCAUGUGUUCGCGAAUGCGGCGACAAGCGCGAGAAAAAUUAUUGUCGGACAGUAUAAGCUAUAUGACGCACAAAGGUCGAAUCAACUAG